AUGGCGGAGCAGUGUCGUGUUAAGUUGCUUCCCCUAGAUAAUCAAGGAGUGCCAAGAUAUGAUGACCAAACGGGUGAAGUCUUGAUACCAGAAGAUGAUUUUCUAUUGUACAAGGGUAUGUGUGAUAAGACGAUGAUCCUCUUGGAUCACUGGAUUGACAAUAGAGAGAAACUUGAAAAGGAGCUUAGCUUGAUUGCCGAAGACCUAGAUCGUUGGGAGUAUGGAACCAACAUCUCAACGACUGUUGGUUCAGUAGCAGGCAUCGGCGGAGGUGCUGCAAUCAUCGCUGGCAUGAUAGUUAUGCCACCUGUGGCUGUAGCGGGGCUAGCUGUUGGUGGGGCGGCUGCUGUAUCAAAUUUGACUACUGGUAUUCUCAAAAUGGCCAACAUCAAGAAAAAUGUAGACAUUGCUAUGAAAAUGCUUGAAUAUGACAAACAAUUGACUGAAAAUUUGGCAAACGGCAUCGUAAUGCUCGAAGAGACGGAAUCGUCGGUGUUAUCUAAAAAUAAGAUUAAAAUAGAGAGGCGUUUGGGGGACCGCGUCAACCGUGAUACAGUAAUGAAUGGUAUUGGUGUGGGUGCAGUAUCGGUGGCCGGUGGAGCUGCUCGCCUCCUCCUCAAGGAAUCGACAGUCAUAGAGUCAGCAGCGCUGAAAGGUGCCGUUCAUGCAGCUACAGCCAUAGGGAUUGCGAUUGAUUUAUUGACAGCUAUACAGAGUGUCAGGGGUCUAGCAAAGGGUUCCCAUUCUGAAGUGGCCAAGAAACUUCGGUCAACGGCUGAGGAGCUGAAGACUAAUCGUGAAAACAUAACACGUCGCUUGCUGAUGGAAUAUCUAUAG